GUGCAGCAGCUUCCUCAGGGCGAGCGCAAAGUACCAACCAAGGCAUGCUCAGCGGUGCUUGCAGACAUCCUGGCUGACUGGACCCUACAGAGCAUCUGUGAGCACUGCGUUGCAGCCGGUCGGAGUAAGUCUGCCUCGUCAUCGGUACGCCGGCCUGUGGUGGACUUGCAUGCAGAGCAGCAGCAGAAGCGAUCCCAUGGCCACGGCCUCAACUCUGAAGUGGUUGUCGAGCAACGUGCCACGAACUUCCUGAUCCACGUGCUCAUCGGCUGUGCCUUGUUCAUGGCACCGAUUCUGAAGUUCAUUCCCCGAGCCGUCCUCCAGGGCGUUUUCUUCUACAUGGGCAUCGCCUCCCUGACGGGAAACAACCUCUUCGACCGCAUGAAGCUCUGGCUCAUCUGGGACUCCUCCAAGUAUCCGUCGUACCACUACAUCCAGAAGCUGCCCGUGAGCAGGGUCCACCUCUACACCUUCGUGCAG